UCCAAAAAUAUCAAAUCCGCAGGAAUUGGAAUUGGAAUUGGUGUUUCAGGUUUGUUUGUUGGGCAAUCAGAAUCAGAAUCGGAUGGGAGACGAACAAGGGGUGAAGAAUGAAGCUCUGGAGAUUAUUGCCAUGGCUCAGCUGCUGCCUCGCCUUGUCGUCUUCGAUCUCGAUUACACUCUCUGGCCAUUCUACUGCGAGUGUCGCUCCAAACGAGAAAUGCCAAAAUUGUAUCCCCAUGCCAAAGGCAUACUCUCUGCUCUCAAGGCUAAAGGCGUUGACGUUGCUAUCGCCUCUAGAUCACCCACUCCUGAUAUAGCCAACACAUUUCUUGUAAAACUGGGGAUAAAAUCGAUGUUUGUUGCUCGGGAAAUAUUUUCCAGCUGGACUCACAAGACUGACCACUUUCAGAAAAUCAGUCAAAGGACGCGCAUCCCAUACAACCAAAUGCUCUUUUUUGACGACGAGAAUCGCAACAUAGAGGCUGUAUCUAAAAUGGGCGUAACGAGCAUCUUGGUGCGCAAUGGUGUGAAUCUUGGAGCUUUGAGGCAGGGGCUCGCCAAAUGCGCCCAAAAUGGACGAAAAACUGAUUAAGGGAUCUGUAACCUCGGCCAUUUUUUCAGGUAUCUUAUGAUUGAAAUCAAGCAUUUUUUAUGGGUAUCUUAUGAUAGAAUUCUUAUCUUCUUUGGAUGGACCAACACAUUGUGGUUAUUUUAUGGCCAAUGUUGGCUUCUUAAAGGGCUGUCUGUUGUAUUAGUAAUAUAAGUAUAAAUACACUCUUCUUGAGCCAUUCCUGAGCUUGUUGUGUUUUA